AUGGAGCGUGUAGCAUUAACAUCAUUUGACCUUCAAUUGUUUCAGGAAAGAAGAAUUGCAGAUGCAAUAACAAAUUAUAAUAUACAUGUGGGAGCCAAGAUCUCAACUCUGAAAGAAAAUCAGAGAAGUGCUGUAAAGUAUUUAGUUGAGGGCAAGGACUGCAUCUGCUCCCUUCCCACUGGUUAUGGCAAAUCACUGAUAUAUGAAUUACUGCCUUUCCUUGACACUGGGUGUCUAGUUGAUGUAGUAGUUCCUCUAAAUGCAAUUCUAAACCAGCAGAUGGAAAAUCUUCUUAUGAAAAAUGUUGAGAUAAUAAGUGAAAGUCCGGCCAAAGACAAUAUCAGUCUUACAGUGAAAAGACGACCAAGUCCUACUGCAAGUGGAAACAGUUCUACAACACCCUACGAUUAUAUUUUUCAUCCUGUUAUAACAAAGUUGAAGCAUGAAUUACAAGAUUUUGAGAUCAUCAUCAUUUAUUGUAAAUCCAUGCAGUGGAUAGGUUAUGGCUACGAGACAGCCAGAAGAAUCCUUGGCACGGACUUCUACGCAGGUGAUAGCAAACUUGAGCAUGCUCGAGUGGUGAUGUUUCACUCUUCUAUGGAAAAAGAAUCUGGCCAGCUGAAGAACAUGAUACUGACAACACUUCAAAAACCAGAUGCAGAAUGUCAGAUAAGGCUCAUUAUUUCAUCUGUUGCAUUAGGAAUGGGGGCAGACUUGAAAAACGUUAAAAGGAUAAUACAUGCAGGACCACCAACUACUUUAGAAGCAUAUAUUCAAGAGAUUGGUCGUGCUGGACGAACAGGGUCUGUGGCAGAAGCAGUUCUCUACUUCAAUAAUUCUGACAUAUCAGGUCAAUGUAUGAGAAAGGAUAUGCAAGAUUACUGUAGAAACAAUGAAAAGUGUCGCAGGGAUAUCAUCAAUGAACAUUUUGGCUUCCAAACCAAGGAAAAACCAACAAUCUGCUGCAAUUUUUGUGACUCUCAACUGUGUAUUGAAUGGGAUUUUUUCUAA